UAUGCUUCUACACACACACCUCACGCCUCACCUGCACCUUCCUCCCUGAAAUGUUACCAUUCUGACUCACAAUUAAACCUAUUCAUAUCAUCUCUGAUACCCAUUUCAGGAAGAGGAAUGAAACAGAUACUUCUGAUUGUGUGAGUCAUCCUACGAGUAUCGUACUACUAGACAGGCACUCUAACACCAGCUUCCAGUGCUUCUUUCAAGUCCAUUUAUUGCUGCGAUUGGCAUAGUGACUUGGGAAGAUGACAAGCACGACUCUGCCUUCAGGAUUAUCGCAUGAGGUUGGAGAGGGAUUCCGUCCAAAUGACAAGGAGUUGGUUAAUCAUUUUCUUAAGCUGAAGUUGCUUGGCUAUGAUCAACGAGUCCGUAAAAUCCCUCAACUUAACAUCUACAAAUUUGAGCCCUGGGAUUUACCACAGCAUUUUGGAACAGAUUCAGGCAAUCCAUAUUGGUAUUUCUUCUGUCCUCGCAAUAAUGGAAGGCCCAGCAGGACUACAGAAGCUGGAUACUGGAAAGCCACUGGAAGGGAACGUAUGAUAAAGGAUGCAAAUGAAGUGAUUGGUAAGAAAAGAAGUCUAGUUUUCUAUACAGGUCGCAAUCCUAGGGGGACAAGGACCAGGUGGAUCAUGCACGAAUAUUGUGCAACUUUUAAUCUGCCUAACCAGAAUGCGUUCGUUCUCUGCAAAUUAAUGAAGAAGCCAGACGAUAAGGGCAGCACGCAGACAUGUAAUAUGGGUGAUUCUGAUAUUGAAAAUCAGAAGGGUAAUAAUUCAUCCUUUGGUAAAGGUGAAACAAGUUGCCCUAUCACUUCCACUACUACGGAAAAUCUCCCAGAUGAUGGGAUUCCAAAGGAGGUACAUCCUGAACUACCAACACAUCCUGAAUCACUCCAGCCAUGGAAUGAUCAGAAUUACUGGCUUAAUUCUGCAUCAGAAUGGCCUAUGCAGGCAGAGCAAGGAGUCUACAUUUAUUGUGAAGACGAUGUGUUCUCUGGGCUUGAACCUCUUUUCUGAUUUAAUGGUGUAUAAUUAAGACUAACUAUAUAAUAGCUUAGAAAUAGCAUAUGACAAAUGAGCAGGGUGGUUUAAACCAUCAAAUCUGCAGCAUAUGGAUGGAGAGUAUUGUCAAAGAGAGUGUGUUAUGGGACCUCCAUUUCAUUUAUGGCAGCAGUGUAGUGUUUUAUUUUACUUAUUUGAUUGUUUUAACGUGUGAAUC